AUGGGCCACGGUUUGAGCGCAGCUUCCGCCGCCCGCGCUUCAAGUUCCGCCGCUCCCCCUACAGCCUCCGCCACCCUCGGUUCACUUUCCUCUUCUCCCGCUUCAGCUUCCGCAACACGCGCUUCGCCUUCCGCCGCCAGCGCGCCCGGCGACAUUGGCUUCCGCCCCUUGCGCACUGGGCUGGGCGGCCGCAAGCGCAUGUCUCGAACAGUGACCAAUCGGGUGGCGAGAGGCGUGCACGCGCUGCUAUUGGCUGCCAGAUCUGACACAAGAUCUCACACCCGAUCGGACAACAGGCGGGGAAAAGCACUGCUGGGUGAACUUCGCAGGCUGAAGAAGCUUCCUGCGGGUUUCCUGAGAUCCCUUGCAGAGGAGCUGUGGCGCCUGCAGGAGUUCGAACUGGCAGCAGAUGUCUUUGAAUCAGUCCCGCCAGCCGUGUGCUCUUAUAACAGGCGAUCAGAUUCAUCGGAUAUAUCAAAAAAAUCAGAGUCUGAGGAUUCUGAAGAGUCUGAGGAUUCUGAAGAGGCUGAUUUUCCUGCUCGCAGUGGCAGCAGCCCUGAGCGCGAGAUGACACGUCAGCAGAGGACAUGUGGCGGCCAGCGGUGGACAGGUGGCGCACUGCGAUUGCACGCCCGUGUGGCAGCGGGGCUGGUGUCAGCGAAUCAGGUGGAGAGGGGAGUGCAGCUGAUUGGUCAGAUGCCGCGAGUGCAUACACAGGUCACUGAUUCAAACACGAAGCAGCAAGGGGUGUUUCAGCAGGCUAUUGAUUCAGGCACAAAGGACAAAAGAAGCAGGGAACUCAAAGCAGAAGUUCCAGCAGCAGCAGUGCAGUCAGCCUCUGUUUCUCUCCCUAUUCUGGGCAGGCUUCCCUUGCUUCUGUCGCCCGCACCGCCACUCUGGAACGCUCUCAUGUCACAGCAGUUAAUCCCUUCAAAUCAGCUGGCAACGGCAGAAAGACUGACCACACCAGAGCAACAGACAGCAGCAGAGGAGCCAUCGACCGUAGAAGAGCAGCGCCUCUCACUGACCAGUCUCUCUUCUCGUUCCUCUCACCCCUCCCACACAAUCACCGUUCCCACUCGCCCCCUCUCCGAUGUGUCGGGCUGUGCACUGAUAGAGGCGUUUGGAGAGGUGGGAGUGGCGGACGGGGCGGCCGCGAUUCUUGAGGCACCUCAGGAAUUGUCUCGCCCCCUCUCCUAUGCCUCGGGUUGUGCCCUGAUAGAGGCGUUUGGAGAAGUGGGAGUGGUCGACGGGGCAGUUGCCAUGCUGCUGUGUGCGAUGUGGGGUUUGGAUGAAUCCACCUUGGGCUGUGAAAGGAGGAUCCCGACUCGGGCUUUAAAGAGGGAGGCACACGCAGUGCUGCUGCUUGCAGCCGCCCUCGCCCGCUGCAGUCGCCCCGACGACGCCCUUGCGCUGCUGCGCUUUGUGCUCCAAUCGGGAGCUGCCACAUGGCGGGGUGGGAGGGGUCAGGUGGCCGUGGCGGCGAGAGAGGCGGGCGAGGCGGUGAUGGUGGCGCUGGCGAGGGAGAAGCGGUGGGGGGAGAUGGAGGAGGUUGGAGCGGAGAUGGAGGAGAGGGUGGGGAGAGGGCAGUGGCAGCAGGUCGCGUCCAUGCUCCAUCACAUGGCUGCUGACGUGUCACUUUCUGCUGACGUGUCAACCACUGCUGAUGUGGCACGCAGCAAUGGAUCGAUGGCACCAGAACCAGCUGUGCGAUCCCCGCCACCAGCAACCACUGUGAACCUGGCAGUGCGCCUCCUGGGUGCUUCUGUCGUCCCAAUGGUGCCGCCAGCUGUAGUUCCACCGCUGCAGCCAGCUGUCGCCCCACGGUUGGCUGAGGUCCCGUGGGCGGCACCACAGGCGGCACCACAGGCGGCACCACAGGCGGCACCACAGGCGGCAGCGCAGGCGGCACCACAGGCGGCAGCGCAGGCGGCACCACAUCUGGCAGCAAGCUCGUCAAGUGCAGAAGCAGAAGUUGGGUCAACAGCAGCAGCAGCAGCAGCAGCAGCAGCAGCAGCAGCAGCAGCAGCAGCAGCAGCAGCAGCAGCAGCAGCAGCUGUAGUUCUCGUGCAAAUGGCGAUAGGUGCGUCGCUGCGGUUACCAGCAGAAGUGGUGUGA